UGACGGGAGUUGAAGUCAUUGGUCGCCUCAUUCCGGCUUUCGCCUCGUGCCGGGCGUUGGCAAGGGAUUCCGCCGGCGCCUCUCAUUCCCUUGAGCGCUGGAAGCCUCUGCGCGCGGCGUUCUCGGCCUAGGCCGGAAGUGUACCCAUGGUAACGGCGGGCGGAUCGGGUUGGGCCGGAGGGGGCCGAGCCACUGCCCGCCCCGGAGCCGGCUGGUCCUGAUAAAGAUGCCGCUCUGACUGACUCUUGUUCACUGACUCUUCACAUUGAAGGUGUGUAAUGGCUCUACAUGGCCACAGCAGGGCCAGAUGCCUAUAAUGUAGGCCUCAAGAGGGGAAACCAAUUCCAAGUGGGUGUUUCGCCGGGGCUGAGCGUGCCACCACUCACAGCAAAGCUUCACGACAGUAAGCCCUGGUACCUUGCAAAGCAGCAAGUGAAGCCCAUCUGGCAGCUGGAACGGAAUCAUGUGACUGCUCUUCAGGACCAUAGCCUGGUCCACUCAGGGAUCUCUUCCCAGUGUCCCCGCCUCUUGUAUCCAGAGUCGUUAUGUAGCGAGGCAGUGUUUCUGAGCCCACCUCCCCCUCAUACCCAUCCUCUCCCAAACUUCCUCGGAAACACCUUGCUUUAUCGGCGCUCUUACUUCAAACACAAGCCUUACCGGAGGCUUGAGUCUAUUUGCGUGCAGCCUGAUACUUUAGAAAGGAAGCCUCUUCGCGCCCCACCCCCUGCCUAUCGUUCUGUUCUAAAUAACACCAUGUCAUCCUCAACCAUGGAGCCAUUUCUAAUGCCAAGCACUGCUGGUGAGCGUUCUGGUCCAGGAUCAAAAGUGAUUUCCCUAAGUUCAGGGAAGCUAAGCUCCAGUUCAUACAGGCCAGUGCUAAACAAUAAUUCUUUCCUGAGGCCAACUAGCGCAAAAGUGCCUUUGCAGCAGCAGCAGCAGCAUCACCAACCACUGCCACCAGAAAAUAAGAAGCUGAAAGGCUUGCCAAGAGCACUAGGAUUCUCCUGGACCCAUUCUGGGGGAAAUGGGGAUGGCUCAGCUGUGAACAUUGAAAGAAAACUUGGGAAAGGCAACAGCUUAACUGUUGAGCAGACCAGUGCCAAAUCUCCUCGCUCAUCUGUUCACAAUGGCAUGGUUCUCAAAGCAGAACGGCCCUUUUGGCGGCUUGAGGAUGGAGAGAAUAAAUCACAGAACCUGAGAGAACAGGAUGUGCGAUUGACUGAAGCAAUGAGGAAGUUGACAGCAAGUGGUAUCCGGAAGGUUAGUACCUACAAUGAAUUUGGUCACCGUAUUGACAGCUCCUGCCUUAUGAAUGCAAACUUUCACUCCAACGUCUUUAAUAGAUGGAAACCACACAUUGUAGCACAAAUUACACCAAGGGAAGUACCAGCUGCCACUUCCCUGAAUCUGGAACCUAGCAGCCGCCAUCAAAGCCUUACAGGCACAGAAGUUACUGAUGUCUGCACUAAACGUAUUGAUGCUCGUUUCUUAGCCUCAAAUCUGGAAUCUUCCAACCACAGUACCUCAAACCACUCUGCCAGCCCAGCUUCUGUGAUCACUGGAGAACAGGUGGUCAAAGCGGAGCUAUCCCCACGAACCACUGUUUCUGAGGUCGAGACAAAAAUUUCCUCUCUUCAGCUAGGCACGGAUACAAAAUGGCCACCAGCCUCUGCAAAAGAUACUGAAGCUGCAGUCAGUUUACCGCUGCUGGACCAAGCGGAGGCGGAAGAUGUGGAGGAAGAACUCCCUGAUGGCUUAGAAGAUGCCUGCAGUCAGGAUGAGGAAGGGGAAGAAGAUGAUGGGGAAGGUGAAUCUGAUGGCUCAUCAUCAUCUGGAUUAUCUCCUAAUGGUUCUGUGGCUAUUAUAUCCAGGAAUUGUGUUGAAGGAUUAGUUCCUCCACUUGAGGGUCAAGAGCGAAUUGUCAAGCCACCUUUGAUAUACAGCCUAUUCCCCAAUGUGUCUCCCACCCUGUAUUUUGGUACCCGAGAUGAGAGAGUGGAGAAGCUCCCUUGGGAGCAGAGGAAGAUGCUGCGAUGGAAGAUGAGUACGGUGACUCCCAACAUUGUGAAGCAAACGAUCGCUCGGUCCCACUUCAAAAUCAGCCGAAGAAACAAUGACUGGCUAGGCUGCUGGGGCCAUCAUAUGAAAUCACCUGGGUUCAGAAUUAUCAAAGACCAUCAGAAGUUGAACCACUUUCCUGGUUCAUUCCAAAUUGGUCGGAAGGACCGCCUGUGGAGAAAUAUUUCCAAAAUGCAGGUGCGCUUUGGGAAGAAGGACUUCAACUUUCUGCCCCAGUCUUUCAUUCUCCCACAAGAUAUCAAGCUUCUCAGGAAGACUUGGGAAGAUUGUGGGAGUCGUCAGAAAUGGAUUGUGAAACCGCCUGCUUCUGCUAGAGGCAUUGGAAUCCAGGUCAUCCAUAAGUGGAGUCAGCUGCCAAAGCGCAGGCCACUGCUGGUACAGAGGUACAUACACAAACCCUACCUUAUUGGUGGAAGUAAGUUUGACUUAAGGAUUUAUGUUUAUGUCUCGUGCUACGAUCCACUCCGUGUCUACUUAUUCAAAGAUGGACUUGUUCGUUUUGCCAGUUGCAAAUAUUCCUCCUCCAUGAAAAGCCUCAGCAACAAGUUUAUGCACUUGACCAAUUACAGCAUCAACAAGAAGAAUAUAGAAUACAAGUCAAAUGCAGAUGAAAAUGCUUGCCAAGGUCACAAGUGGGCUCUGAAGGCACUCUGGAACUAUUUGAGCCAAAAAGGAGUUGACAGUGAGGUCAUUUGGGAGAAAAUAAAAGACAUUGUUGUCAAAACUAUUAUUGCGUCAGAGCCCUAUAUUACCAACCUUGUGAAAAUGUAUGUGCGACGCCCUUACUGCUGCCAUGAACUGUUUGGAUUCGAUGUCAUGCUGGAUGAGAACCUAAAGCCAUGGAUCCUGGAAGUUAAUAUCUCCCCCAGCCUUCAUUCAAACUCUCCUUUGGAUGUGAGCAUCAAGGGCCAAAUGGUCCGAGACGCCCUUAACUUAGGAGGCUUUCUGUUGCCAUGUCCAGAAGAUGUGGCUUCACCCUCUGGAAGUGCUAGCAGUUCUACAACCAGUAUGAGUAGUGCUACAAAGGACAAGAACAAGCCACCUCUGGAGUUGUUCACUGCUGAGAAAACCAAGAGAGCUUACUACCUAACCCAGAAAGUACCAGAUCAGGAUUUCUACUCCACCAUCCUAGAUGUCCUGACACCAGAUGAUGUGCGAGUCCUGGUAGAGACAGAGGAUGAGUUUGCGCGGCGUGGGCAGUUUGAGCGAAUCUUCCCUUCCCGCAUAUCCAUGCGCUACUUGCGCUUCUUUGAGCAGCCGCGCUAUUUCAACAUCCUUACCACCCAGUGGGAAAUGAAAUAUUUCAUCAAUAAGGCCAAAGGAGUGGACCUGCUCAGAAGUUGGUGUCAUAAAGGCUUUCAUAAUGGAAUAGUGACAGAUUCCACAGUGAUGUGGACGCUGCCAAGACACCACCUCUUCUUGAAGAAUGAUCUCCAUGUGAAUGGCUUGAGUAAGGUGGAGUCAGGCAAAAUCAGCAACAAAAUCCUUGUCCAGCAAGAGGGAGAGGAGCCAGUCCGAAGCCCUGAGCCAAAUCCUUGUACUCAAAGCUUACCUCAGAUUAAGUACACAGCUGGAACUCUCAAGAAAUCCACGAUCCCUCAGGCCCUUAGCAAUUCAAGCCUGAUAAAGUGAUGAGGGACUGAGGGAGUGGCCAACUUCCCUCCCUUGCAGUGUCAAGAGGAGGCACGCAUGACCUACCUCAGUGGAAGCUUGGAGAGCCAGUGUCUGAAGCAUGAAGAGGGUCUCUUCCAGCACAGCCACUACAGAACUAUUUUUGGAAAAGGAAUUGGGGGGGGAAAGAAGAGAUGUUUUAUGUAGUCAGGAGGGACAAAUACUAUGUUUAUAGUUUUUUAUGACAAAGGAAGUUUCUAAACAUAGAAGCUUGAAAACCUAUUCAAUUUUAGUGUGAAUUCCUUGUAGUUGAUUGACCUUCCUAUGCUCCUUCCUCAACUCUUGAGCCGUAAGUGCCUCUCAGGGUUAAGUGCCAAACGGUGUCAGUUUGUGAAGUGCCCUGCCACUACCACGGGGCAUGAUCUCUUCUGUUUGUAUUCAUUUCACUGUUCCAUGCAUUUGCAGCAGAAACAUAUUCCUUGUUAGCCAAGCACUGUGGACAACUGCUUUUUAAAUAUCUUAUCUAAUACUAGAAAAUCAAGCAAUCAUAACAGAAAUUAAGAGGGUAGGUGUUGACAGUGAGAGAUGUGGAUAAUGAUAUUUUUAGUCUCUGCAAACAUGUCUUACAUUUAUUUAGUUGUUUGGUUCAGUUUCCUGAGAAACUUGAGUUUAUGAAAGUAUUUUUCACAUAUUACAGUAUGCAAAAACAAUUUUGUGUUGGUCCCAGACAUUACUGCGAAGCAUAAGGGGAGCACUCACAAUGCAUGACUUAGAGUUAAGUGUGCUUGAAGAUGGUUACCUCUUCUUUCUGCCUGGAAAAGGAUAAUGAUUGUAUUUAUUCAUCCUCCAGCAAGCAUGCAAUCCCUACAACACACUCCUAGCAUCUUUCACAAAGAAGAUUUCACUAAAAUUUGGCACCUAAUGUUGUUUGGGUGCAUCAUAUGUUUUCAAGUACUUCAGUCUUUCUCACUCAGUGCUACUUCAGAUUAGUUGGACAGUGUCCUUUUCUUCCCCUUGCUACCAGAGACUUUGCGUCUUCAGUAUUUUCCAUAAUUUGGCACACUUUACAGCCUGAACCUGUUACUGGAUGGUAGCAUUAAAUAUGUUUUCCAGUUGUUUACACAUUCCUUAGCACUUCUUAUCCUGAAAACCAUGUACUUUUAGCCAGCCUGGGCUGUUUGCUUUCUUGAUGCAAAGGCAAUGAUAGACUGGUAUGAUGAUCUACUUGACAUCUGAGAUCUUCACACUUAAGAGCAUUUCCCAUCUGUGCACCAAUGCUACUUGUAGGAAGCUGCAAAAUUCUUUCAGAGUAGUGAGAGUCUUGAGGGUGAACUUUGGCUUUAAGAUCAAUUUUUAUGAACUGAUGGAAAGAAAUCCCACUCCAGAGAUGGUCGUUGGCACUACCAAUUGAGUUGGGUAAAUCUUUUGCCAAGUCUUCCAUUUUUACUCCCAGGUAGCAGUAAUGACGUUUUGAACCUGCAGGAUCAUGGUUUGUCACCCUGACAAAAAUAGGCAAGGAAAAAGGAAAGGGAUGGCUCUGGAGAUGUAGCUGUCAAAUGGCUUGCUUCUUCAUUGGUCAUGGCAGUGCUUGUGAAUCACAGCAGUAGAUAAUUAAAUUGUAUGAAGGAUGAAACAUAUACCCCUGUAAUACAGUGGUAUCUGAUCUCAGAGUAUUUCAGUAUUACAGAGUUGUUUCUGACUUCAUUCCUGUUUGUGAAACAUAAGGGGUGGAUUGUCGCCUGGAAUGAGAGCUUCUGGUCAUGUAACGUUACAGUAAUGGAGGGCCUGCCCCACUGGAUAACUCUUGGGAGCAAGAGCAUUAUGUAAGCAUACUAAAGAUUUGGCACAUGGGGCUUAAGCCAUAAUAGAAGCAAUGGUCCUUAUAUGAUAGCAGGGAAGUGGUUGCCUGAAUUCUUUCUACACUGUUGAGUAGAUCGUGAUUGCCUCUGUUUCUUUCCUGCUCUGUCAUGACAGAAGCACAGGUCUUACAUUAAUCUUAAAUAGUGAGGCCUUUGUAGUGUGAUUCACUGAAUUAAACCUCAUUUUCUCAUUGGAUUGUUACUUCCAUCGCCUUAAAUUCAUCAUAACUUGUUUCCACAGCUGUUCUUUUUAUGUUUUAUUUAUUUGUUUGUUCUUCCUUUGUACACUUGUAUGUCAUUGAAAUGGCUGCAGAAUGUGGGCACCGUAGAACUGGAGGGUGCCAACUGCUAAAAAUGAGUACUAGACAUAUUCCUGGCUGUUAGCAUCAAUAGUGGGUUAGCAUUAACCUUCUUUGCAGAGCUUUGUAAAGAAAAGGAAAUGAUGUUGUUGUACUAAGUUUUUUGACUUCUCUUCAAAAUGUCAGAUAGGCUAAUCCUUUAAGAGACUUGGGUAUUGGGUGUUAGCUGACUUUAAGCACACUCUGGAAGCCAAGUGGUUGUGAUUCUGGUGUGGUUAUGAACUAGCAUAGGCCCUCAAAAUUUCUAUUAUGCCGUCAAACAAGAGGUGAACAAUUGCAUCUAAAUAUUAAUGUCAAUAUAUAGGUGGCUUUAACCCUGCGAAAACUUAUUUCUCUAUUUUCGGUCCAUGAACAAGAAAGCUUCCUAUUCCAGUUUCUCUGUGUGGAACCAGCCUAUGUGUCAGCCCUGUAACUGGGUUUUUAUUUCCUUCAACUGAAAACUGAGUACUAUGUCUCCUUUCUUGGGCUCCAUAGAGGGUUGGGGAUGUUGCCUAAUAUGACUUACUGAAAUCCCAUAGCAGCCACCCUUGUGAACUAGGCUGCCCCUUGGGAUUGUAUCAAAUGACCCAAAAUAGCUAGCUGUGUAGAAGUUAGAAAGUGGAGAGGCCUCUUCGGGUGUCAUAAAGAAUUCCCCCAGCUGACAGUCUCCCAGAACUGCCUUAUACUCUCAACACUGCUGCCCACCCUUGUUCAUAACUCAAGUAAUUACUAGCAAACAGGUGUUCAGCACUCCUUCUAUGUGCUUGCAGCCACAGCCAAUGAUACUGGUUUUUCCACCAUCUCAAAAUAAAAAAUUGGGUUAAGUUUACUUACAUAGAAGAUAAGCCUUCUUGGCAGCCUUCCUCAUUUCAGAAUUGAAAUUCAUGUAGCUAAUAUUGACCUACAGAAAACUACCAACUUCACUGAAAGAUUCCCUUAAUUUUCAUACUCAAGCUGAAAUUGCAGCAGUUAUUCUAAAGCUAUACCAAGUACAGUGGUGAUAGUUUGAAUCUUUUCAAAGCGUGCAAGAGAAAGAUUCAGAGCUUGGUAAAAAUGUCCCCAUAAAUCCUACUAUUUACCAAAGUAUCUCCACUGCUGUUUCCACCACUCUCAUCGUAAUUUUGAUUUAUACUCUGAUCUUCCUUAUAGGGGAUUAGGGCAGAUUCCAUAAGCAAAUUUCAUCAAAUACACAACAAUUAUGUUUUUCUAGAAUAGUCUUGAGUCUUUAGGGAACUACAACAUCAUCUACUUUCAGCAUAGUAUUCUUUAAAGCUUUUGAGAAGAAUUCUGUCAUUUCUAUGUGCUUAUUGCACAGAGUUAAUGCAAAACCGAAAUAUAGAGAAUCAGAUGAAUUGAGGUUAAAAUGAGUGAUGAGAGAAUAUAGAAAACAUAUAUUUCAGUGGUUCUCAACCUGUGGGUCUUCAGCUGGUAAACUGGCUGGGAUUUCUGAGAGUUGUAGGCCAAAACACCUGGGGACCCAUACGUUGAGUACCACUGUUCUAGAUAAACCUAGGCAACAGCUGUGCCAGUUUUAGAGUUGGAAGUAUGUUCCAUUCAGUUACCUAUUUGGAACAGAUGUAUCUGUGUGCAUCAGAGUGAAUCUUUAUUGUGACUUAUAAUAAGUUUCCUUAGUGUGGUCCAAACAAAUAAUAAAAUCUUGCUCUUCCUUGGUUGCUUCAAAUUAGCCAUUUGAAAGUCACAGACCUGACAGUAAAUCUUUCCAAGCAAAUAAGUAAGUGUAAAAUUUGCAAGUCGGCCCUUUUUUUUCAGACACAUAUGUGUGCAGUUCUCCCUUUGGGAUCUGUACAAGGAACAAUAGAUGUCUUCCAAUUCUGUAAUAAUAGCAUAAAUGUAUGGAGCAUGACAACAGUGCUAAGUAUGAAGUUUUUUGUUUACUAGACAGAGCUCAAAAGAUGUUUCAUGGUUGAAUAAUUUUUAAAUCAAAAACAGUUUGGCCAGUUGUUUAGCUGUUAACGUGAAUUUAAAAUAAGAUUUUAGAAAUCUCACUGAUCCUCUGCUGUUUACCAUAAGAGUUUGGAUUUGGAAAAAAAUCUUGGAUUUUGGAGCAGCUGUUAAGUAAAGCCACAAGAUCUUACUUACCUGUGGUUGUCAAUCAUCCCACAGUUGUCAUAUCGAUUAAGCAAAGUUUGGAUGAAUGUUAUGUAUCAAUUUCAAAGUAUCGCAAUUGCACCACUGCUUGAAAUAGAAGCGAGCUCAAUAACUCAUUUGGUAUAUAGUACUUUAUAUGAUAUACUUUUUAUUGGCCUGUAUUUUCAUGCUGUAAAAACGAGCUGAAAUACUGUGCUGAUAUAUGUCUUGCUUGCUUGCUUAAUUCAUACAUGCCAUCCAGUCUGUCAGUGACUCCCAAAUUGUUAAUGUGACAGUCCUCUGCCCUCACUUUUACAAAUCUAUUUUUUUUUCUUACAUGUGAAAAAAUGAAUUGUCUUGGAGGAAGUAGACACUUUGAUUUGCUGUGAAACCUAUGCCCAUCAAUUUUGUAAGAAAUCUUAUUUUAAAUGUUCAUACAUGUUCUAAAUGGACAGGGAGUAUAUUUCCACAAGCAAUGACCUUUUCAUUAAGGUUAGUUUAUUGUCAGUUUGAAGUAUAAACAGUAUUCACCCAGUUCCCCUUUGACUUACAGCAAUCCUAUGAAUGAGAGACUUCCAAGUCUCACCCCAAGAGUCACACACAGGUCUUACAGACUCAAGUCAGCCGUGUUGUCUUUGGUUGAGUCUAUCUACCUGUAAUGUGAUGUACCUCUCUUCCUACUGCUAUCUGCCUUACCAAUCUUUCUUUUUCUAGUGCGCCAUGUUUUUCCAUGAUAUGGCCAGUGUCAACAGCCUCAGCAAUCUUAGCUUCUAGGGAGGGUUCAGGCUUGAUCUACUUUAAGAUCCAGUUUUUUUUAGCAAUCCAGGGGUUGCUUUUGUUUCUAUCCGCAUUUUUCACUGUCUAGCUUUCACCACAAUAGUGAAGGGUAGGAAUAAAUGAAUUAAACUUGUUCUGAAUUAAAUUUGGGAGUUGUCAAUGAAAAGGGACAACUUUCUUAUUUAUUAACAUGAUUUAUCUAAAUUGUUGUAGCAGCCACCCAGUAAACCCUCUUCCUUGUUCCUGUUAAAUGACUCUAAAAUGGUGGCAGGACAGAAAGAAGUGCCUCUGCAGACAAUCUGACAGCUCUAAAUGCGUCCUUCAGAUAUCAUGGACCCAAGCUGUAUAGGACUUUGAACUUUGAGUUGUGCCUGGAAAUUGACUUGCAACCAGUGGAGCUAUUGCAACAAGGGAGCUGUGUGUUCUUUGUUGUCAGCCCCAGUUAACAACUUGGGCCAACUAAAAUUUCUGAGCACUUUUCAAAGGCAUAUAGAUCACAUUGUAGUCAUGCAAAUAAGGUGUCACCAAGCCACAUUCGACCAUGGCCAGAUGUGACUUGUCUAUGAACAGGUGCAGUUAGCGCAGUAGGUUUUGCUAUGCACAAGUACUCCUGGUCUCUGCUGAAAUCUGUGCCUCCAGGCUUAGAGCUGAAUCCAGAGUGCACCUAAAAUGUGAAUCUGCAUUUGAAAUUGUUGAAAUAUCAACAUUAAAUCUCAGAAUUAAGAUUAUAUUUCCUAUGUAUUGGGAAAUAACAAAGUUUAGAUCACAGGAAAGACAGCUUGGGAGAGGUGAUGUUUGCCCCUAAAAGAUCAUCCGUUUUUUUUCUGCAUCAGACAGGGUCUUAAAGUAGCCAGGAAUUUUGAAUUUCUUAACCUUGGAAUUUUUUUCCUGGAAUCUGAAUAGAAACAUGUACCCUCAAGAAAGAGAAAGGUUAGGAGGGAGUGACAGAUGGAGGGGGGGGGGGAUGGGAUUUGAGUGAGAUGUGGCUGUUUCCUUCUCUCAAAAUCUGUUUGGAGCAAGGGGUGGGAAAGAGUAAAAUUACAAUGUUUUUAAAAACUUUUAUUCUGGCAAGAUUAGUGUAGUAACAUAAUACAAAUUCAAAUACCAAAUUAAAUCAAUUUGUUAAAAAUAUUCCAAAUGCAAUUAAUUUAACAAAUGAACAUAUGAACCAUUUCCUAAUAGUUUCUGUCUUUGGUAAUGGAAAGGUGUUGCAUGUGCAGACUUCAUUGGCUGAAAUUCUCUUUUUUGCCCAGCUAUUAAAAUUGCAGGAUCCCUA